AUGGAGAUUUGCAAUUUUGAAGAAGACAUUUCCAAUGGUUCCCGCUCGAUAUUUGACCAGGAAUGGCAUUUCGUUAUCAGGAUGCAGAACCAGGGUGACGGAACCUUGGUUGAUCCCUCUGACAUUUUUGUUGAGUCGCAGUCGUAUUCGCCAGAUGGUGAGGCACAGCCGGAUCACGCUACUUCCCGGUUUUCUAUGGACGAAAGCGGCCAUCUCGCGCCGCUAAGUGCCCAUCUAGCGCCACUCAAUGCUCAUAUCGACAGGCGACUCCUAGCGCCAUGUGUCUCUGCAGCCAUGGCGAAGACACCGCGAAUCGGGAUCCCAUGGGUUAUGAUUGGAAACGGUGGAGGCAAGCGUUUCUAUCUGGCAUUCUCCAUUAAAAUUGCCACUGAAAAAGGCACUAAACUCCCAAUCACACGUUACGCGAAGUUUCCAGAGAUCAUCCCAGACCUGAUAUGCGACAUCGAGACUAAUUUCUUCGGCACUCGAGCUUCUAGCAUUGGGGAAGCCCCAGAUGUUGCGAAAUAUCAAAUGGGGCAUUUUGGCUGCGCAGAGUCCACCCCUGCGAUCAACAGCUGCUGCAUUGAAUGGUCCGAGGUUUUUAUGGGUGGGAGGCCACUCAUACAAGACGCAAUGAAUGCCAUGAGUAGCUUGCAUUCCUUCAUGUCGGGAAAGGGAUUGGUCCCUUCUAUUUGGGAGGACUUCUAUAGGUUCAGCUUUAAAAUCUUUUCUGAAGGAGUUACCGUAGGGGUCCUGCGGAAGUGGCGUGGUAUCAUGGUUGGCGACAUAAGGGCACCUUAUAAAGAGAAACCCAUCUGGUGGCCAGAGUUUGUUCGGUAUAUGGGGCCGGCAAACCUUGAGCGCGAUGGGACCGUCGAACGAUUGAUUGGAUUCGAGAGGUACGACGUGAUGCGGGUCAUCCCGUUACCCGCAGUCACACAGCCCCGCAUCCGAAAAUGGACGCACGACGGCCGGCGGUCAAAAGACUACAAGAUGAUGGGACCAUUAAGUUCACCCCCCGAGGGAGAAGUGUGUGUAGAGGGCCCUUACCUGCUAUCCAAGGCUGCUCAGGAGGCACGAGAAGAGCUGGCCAUAUGGACCGGUGGACAGCUUAUCGCAGGAGAGGAUUACAAGGUAGAGGGACAGGCCAAUAGAGCUUAUUCUCAGACAGCUACUUCGAAGCAGCGUGUGGAGCUACUGCUAAGGCACAUGCAAUUGAGUUCAGAGACCCAACCCGUCCCCGCCAGCUCCAUCGUCGUUCCCAUCAACGUGAUCGCUGGCAUUCCCGAAUUCGUAGACCCCAGGCACUCCAACGCCGUCCAAAGGCUGCUUGCUGGCUACUUUUUCCGGGUAAACAAACACAGAAUUGCCCUCAUCCAGCUCACCAUGGAAAAGCUCGUCUGGAACGAAGAGGACAGCGUUCCGAAAUUAGACUAUCUGAUCGUGGAGAGGGCCGUGCAAGGCCGGCGGAAUAGGUAG